AUGAAAAAAUUCUUUUUAAAAUGUAAAGAUUACUGCUUUCCCCAAGAUUUUUAACUAUUUAUAAAAGCUAUAGAAAAAGGAGACAUUAACCAAGUCAAAUAACUCUACGAAAAUCGCUAAAUAUGUCUAAAUUAAUAUCUAGAAUCUGGUGAUACACCUCUCCAUACAUCCAUAAAGCAUAAUUAAUAUGAAAUAGCUGAUUAUAUAUUAUAAAACAGUUAACAUAUAAAUAAAGAAGAUUAAAAUUUUCAAGGAGAUACAGCUUUAAUGUUAUCAAUAUUAUAUUGUGGACUAGAUAUGGUAAAAUUAUUAGUUGAAAAAUACAAUUGUUCAGUAACAUGUAGAGAAAAUACAGGUUCUACUCCUUUUAUUGCUGCAUGUGCAAACGGUAAACUAGAUAUUGUGCAUUAUUUAUUAAAAGAAACUAAAUGUUAACCAUAUGCAAAAAAUAUAUAUGGACAAACAGCUUUACAUAGAGCUGCUUUUUACGGAGAAAUCAAAAUUAUUCGAUAUUUAUUAAAAAACACAAAACUAUAACUUUUAGCAAGAGAUUCUAAAGGAAAUACUUGUUUGCAUUUUGCUGCUAUGAGAAUAAAUAUGACUUGUUUAAGAUACAUAUUAAAGAAAGUAAAUAAAUAGGAACUAUUUAAAAAAAACUCUGAUGAUAAAAAUGUAAUUGAUUUAUUAGUAAAGGCUUUUAAUUUAAUAAAAAAGGAUGAAAAUAAAUCAGGAAUUACUGAAAAAGAUGUACUUCUAUAUAUAGAAGAUAAAGAUUAACCACCGCUUAUUUUAAAUGAAAUUUAAAUUCAAAAAGAUAAAAUGUUAUAAAAUUAAGCGAAAAAUUCUGAAUUAAGAGAUGAAGUUAAAUUAAGUAAGAAAAGUUCAAUUUAAAAUUUAGCCUAAAAUAAUGAUGAAGGAAAAGGUAAUAAAAAUUUUCAUUAGACAACAACUAAUAAUAAUAUGGAAACAUUUGGAAUAUAAAUUGCUGUUUCAGAAGAGAAAAAUAUGUUAAAAAAAAAUAAAAAAAAAUCUUCAUUUUAAUUUAAUGGAAUUUAAAAUUAAAAAAAUUCGUUUAAAAACAUAUGA